GUUAGCCGUGUACUGCCGCAAACGCUCUCUGUGGUGUUGCUAUUUAGCACUCAAAUACUACCGAUUAAGAGAACUUGUUGAUGUUGUUAUUUGCGCAAACUUCGCAUCCAUACGCUCGUAGACAAGAGGCAAGCUCGUGCAUUUGUUGACAACAAACAGAGCGCGAAACUGGCUGGUCAUUCAUUUUUUCAAGCCGUCUUGAGUUUGCUAGCUUGAUAGCUAGCUAGCUAGCUGGCUAACUUGUUUACGCGUGCUGCGACCAUAGAGGAACAUAUACAGACCUCAUGGCCGCGACAUAUUGAAUGUUAGAGAGUUGUGGGGUGAGUGCUAGCGUUUCAAGCCGUUUGUCUGUCUGCGUUUGACUGCCAUUGCAUUUCGGUUGCGUCACCCAGUUAAUAGAAGUUAACUUCAGCUAGGGUCGACGCUGCGAACUCGUGUGCGUCAGUUCUGUGUUUAACUUGGGCUCCAUCAGCUGCCUCCGCUUGGACUCAGCCGUGUAGAGACCAUGUCAGAGUUGUACAUUCGUGUGGCUGAGGAUGAAAACGAAGAGCCCAUGGAGAUCCCCUCAGAGGACGACGGGACUAUUUUGCUGUCGUCUGUAGCAGCACAGUUUCCAGGGGCGUGCGGGCUGCGGUACAGGAACCCAGAGUCCCAGUGCAUGAGGGGGGUCCGGCUUGUGGAGGGAGUCCUGCAUGCACCUGAGAACGACUGGGGAAACUUGGUCUAUGUCGUCAACUACCCCAAAGAUAACAAAAGGAAGAUGGAAGAAAUAGAUGCUGCCUCAGCUGUGAAAAUUAAAAGGGGUUUUCAGAAGACAUCAGAUCUCAUUGUCCUCGGGCUGCCAUGGAAAACAACCGAACAAGAUCUAAAAGAUUAUUUCACUACGUUUGGGGAGGUCAUCAUGGUGCAGGUUAAGAGAGAUCUAAAGACCGGCAAUUCAAAAGGGUUUGGGUUCGUGAGGUUCACCGACUAUGAGACACAAACCAAAGUGAUUGCUCAGAGACACAUGAUUGAUGGACGAUGGUGUGACUGUAAACUUCCGAACUCAAAGGCGUGUCCUGAUGAGCCCAUGCGGAGCCGUAAAAUUUUUGUUGGCCGCUGCACAGAAGACAUGACAACCGAUGAACUGAGGCAGUACUUCAUGCAGUAUGGCGAAGUCACUGAUGUCUUCAUCCCCAAACCUUUUCGGGCAUUUGCUUUUGUCACAUUUGCCGAUGACCAGGUUGCCCAGGCCCUGUGUGGAGAGGACUUGAUCAUCAAGGGCAUAAGCGUGCACAUCUCCAACGCUGAGCCCAAACACAACAAUAGUAGGCAAAUGAUGGAUCGAGGGCGGUUUGGGGCUGGUGGGUUCAGUCAGGGCUAUGGCAGUAAUCGUGGUGGGCUAGGCAGCGGUAGUGGUGGGGUUAACUUUGGGGCUCUCGGUCUUAACCCAGCAAUGGUUGCUGCUGCACAGGCAGCGCUGCAGAGCAGUUGGGGGAUGAUGGGCAUGCUGGCUAACCAGCAGGGUGUGACCACAACGGCAGGCACAGCCACUACGACCCGAGACCAGACCUAUAGCUCUUCCAGCACCAGUUACAGCAGCCCCAGCUCAGCUAGCCUCGGUUGGCCUGCAGGCACUAACACAGCCUCCAGCAGUGGCUUCAGCUCCGGCUUUGGCACCGCUAUGGAGUCAAAGUCUUCUAGUUGGGGAAUGUAGAUAGCUUUGGGUGGAGCUUUUCUGUUGCUAUUAGGCUAAUCUGGUAAGUAUACCUACUGCUGGGAAGUGCUUACAUCUUAUGUUCCUAUUAUUUAAAAGAUACUGCCUUUUAUUUUGUUAAAGAGAAAAUUUAUACUCGGGUGUGACUGAUUAUGUAGUCAUGCAUUGAAUGGUUGAAGAGUGUAGUUUUUUAGUGGAAACUGCCACACUCAGUUUUUUUUUUGAGAAAAUGUUACACAGAGAUGACUGUGCAUGCAAGAUAAAUAUUUAUAAACAUGCACGAGUAUCUCGAGAGCCCCCCCCCCCAGCCCCUUGUAGAAUGGGCUUGAUAUAAUUAUGUAUCUGUAUGCAGAUGUUUGCAUCUUUUUGUUUGUUUUUGUUUGACGUCUUUUGGAAACGCCUUCAUGAAAGUCUCUUCUGCAGUUCACCAACUCUUUCCCAAUUUCCCGGGAGGAAGCGCCUCAUUGGCAGCAAUGUUCGACAGAUCUCAGUAUCAAUUCCCCUCUUCCCAUGUG